CCACUCAAACGUUGCCGUUUUAGAAUAACCUAAAAACCCCUAAUCGUGGUCUCUCUCCCUCCGCUCUCCCUUUGACCUCUCAGAGAUCUCGGUUUCCAGUGCAAGCUCUAUUGUUUUUAUUCUACUCGUAAUUGUUUUUAUUCUUAAGCUGAAGUGCCUCCGAUCAAAGAACCAGCCUAUCAGCUUAUCAGUCACCGAUUGAAAGCUGCUCCUCGAAUUUGAUCUGCAGGAGAAGAUGAUCAUGUGAGUGUGACACUUCCUUAUUUUGAUCGGUGGGGUAUAUCUUUUCUAUCUUGUAAGAUUAUGGCAGUGUCAAUAUCGAGAAGGAUUUUACGUUCUCUUGGGUCCUUACAAGUUGGACGCUGUAAAUCUCCAUGUCUCGCAUAUCACUCAUUUCAGGCUUCCCAAGAUUUUUGCGGCCACGUCUCCUGGGGUUGCUUAUUUCCUGCUGAAUCUUCUAGCUUUAUCAAGGGUGAAGCAGCUUCUCUCCCUUAUCGGAGCUUUUCAACAUCUAUUCUGACUCCUGGAUCAAGUGAUGGUGCAUUCCCCUCAGAUUUGUUAUCCACAAAGGCUGUGCUAACACCAGAGCGUAACAUAGGACUUUAUCAGGACCUGGUAAUUCCAGUGACAAAUUUUCUCAACGAGGACAAGGGAUUUAUGGUUUUGGCUGGUGAUGUUUUUGACGUGCCCAUUAAGAAGCAUAUUGUUCAUCGUGUUGUGCGGUGGCAACUUGCAAAACGACAGCAGGGAACACAUUCAACAAAAACUAUCAGUGAGGUUAGUGGGACUGGGAGAAAACCGUACCGACAGAAGGGUACUGGUAGAGCAAGGCAUGGAACAUUGCGCGGACCACAGUUUAGGGGUGGUGCUGCAAUGCAUGGUCCUAAGCCACGGAGUCAUGCUAUUAAAUGCAACAAGAAGGUUAGGCGUCUAGGACUGAAGAUUGCUUUGACGGCUCGUGCAGCAGAAGGAAAGCUGCUGGUUUUUGAGGAUUUGGAGGUCCCAACACAUAAAACUAAGAAUAUUGUGAACUGUGUUAAGCAAAUGGAAGACACCAAGAAGCUACUGGUGGUGGAUGGUGGGCCCAUUAAUGAAAAGCUUAAGUUGGCUACACAAAAUCUACAUUAUGUCAAUGUACUACCAUCAAUUGGUUUGAAUGUCUAUAGCAUCCUGCUGCAUGACACACUAGUGAUGUCUCGUGAUGCUGUAAACAGGAUUGUUGAACGGAUGCACACUCCCAUUAAUCGAUAAAGUGAAGUCUUCAUUUUGUUAUCCAGAAUAACAUGUAGCAUUUUUUUUGCUAAAAAUAUGGAACCUGCAACUGGGCAUCCAUUUCCUUGUUCUAGUUUUGUCCAUCGACUAGGAUUUUUAAUUUUUCCAGUUGAAUUUUGGUGAAAGGUUAAGCACGCCAUGAUGCAGAUUUUGCAUAUGGUUCGAGGCAAAAAAAUAUACUCCACUUCCCAAUUUGGUUAUCUUUGUUUGGGUUUGGGCACUGGUGACUUCAAUCUCGUGUCGCUCACAUUUCAAAAUACAUAUUGAAUUUGAAUGCU